AUGAAUUGUAUAUUAUUAUUUCAUUUUAUACUCUUAAUUAUUUCAAUUACACUUCUAAUAUUGGGUAUAAGUACAUCAAGAUGGCUUGUUUAUGUUAAUGAAGAUAGUACUGGUAUUAUCAAUGAAUAUUCAAAGGGAAUUCUUAUAAAUUGUCAUCGAUUCUAUCGUUCACGUAAUGUAGAUCAAUAUUUAAUUAUGAACAAUUUAACAAGUAGUAAUAAUUAUAUAAAUCGCAAUGUUUAUAUAUGUUUUAAUCAUUUAUACAAAUGGUAUAAUUCAUCAAUUAAUGGACCUGAAUUAUUAAAUUAUCACAAAGUAUUAAUUGGCAUAUCAUUUGGUUGUAUAUUCAUUGCUAUCAUUUCUUUACUUCUUACUCAAUGUAUUAAUACAGAAAGAUCUUUUUAUAACAUACAUCUUUCGAAACGUAUAGUUAAUUAUUUAUUAAUUACUAAUAUUCUUACUGGUAUAUUAGCAUUGAUUACAUUAAUAUUAUUUUUUGGUUUUGAAUAUCUUCAAAAUAUUAUUAAUUAUGGUUAUUCAUUUUGUAAUAUUGAAAAACGUGAUGAUAGAAAUGUCGUUUUUAAAUUUGCUAAUGGUUCUUUGCAAGUAACUAUUCGACAAGGUGAUCUAAGUGAAGAAAUAUGUGAUGUUAUUGUUAAUCCAACAAGAGGGUCAAUGCAACCUAAUGGAGGAUUAGAUGAUACAAUACAUAAAAAGAUGGGUAAACUUUUUGUUGAUCAAGUGCAAGCAGUUAGCCAAGAAAUGCAAGAUAUUGCAUGUCCUGUUGGACAAUCACGAAUAUUUGUUGCAAAAAAUCGUGAUAAUUCAAAAGUAGCUCUUUUUGUUAUAAAUACUGUAGGUCCAGUUUAUCAUAAAGAAGAAAAAGAAAAAGCUGCUUUUCUUUUACAAUCAUGUUAUUCUACAUCAUUUGCAUUAGCUAAUCUAUAUUCAUUAACAUCAAUUGCUUAUCCGGCUAUAUCAUGUGGAGCAAAUCAUUUUCCUCCACAAGAAGCAGUACAAGUUGGUAUUGAAUCAGUACGACAAUAUUCAUGUAAUGUUAAAGAUGUUCGAUUUGUUUUAUAUGAACGUCCAAUCUAUGAUGCUUUUGUUCAAGGAUGGACUGAAUAUUCACAAAAAAUCAAUCAAGCCGCUACUACUACUACAACUACUGUUGAUGAAAGAACUCGCUUUCGAAUAACAUCACAAUCAACAUUAAAUUCAAUACGUAUUUGUAUUCUUUGUAAUGAACAACAAAUACCAGCUAAUCGUGAACAUUUAUGUAUUACGUGUUCAAAAUUAGCACGUUCGGAUAUAUUUGAUAAAUUUUUACAACGAUUAUGUAUUGCUGCUGAAACAUCAUUUCAUGAACUUGAGAAAGCAUGUAGAUUAUUAAAACCAAUAUUAUAUUAUUAUCCACUUAUAUAUACACCAGUACAAAAAUUUGAUCAAAGUAUUCAUAAACGUGAUUCUGCCGCUGAAUAUUAUUUACAAAAUCACUGUGAUAAACAAUUUCGUGAUACAAUGCCAAUGGCUAUUGUUGGUGAUGGAAAUUGUUUUUAUAAUACAUUUCUUAAAUUAAGUGGAGCUGGUACAACAACUGAAGCAUCGUCGGUUACACCUGUUGAACUUCGCGCUCGAAAUGUAGUUGAACUUGUUCUUCGUACAAAUGAAUAUAAAAUUAAAUAUAAAUCAUUAGAAGUUCUUCUUGAUAAUUUUGAACAAUAUGUUCUAAAAGAAAUGGUACAUGAUACACAUUUUGCAACUAUUUGGGAUCUUCUAAGUAUACCAACUGUACUUAAUAUUGAUGUUAUAAGUAUUUAUCCUAAAGUUAAUGGUGAUGAUGAUAUGAAUUAUAAAUUACUUAAUAGUAUAAGAUUUAAACCAUUAAUAAGUCAAGAAACAAUAAAUAAUAAACAAUUAAAACUAGAAACAAUAGCAGUAAGAGAUGUAAAACUUCUUUUUUCAAAUUGUAACAAACUGACAAAAUUUGCACCUAAGAAACAAGAUUGGAUGCCUAAUCAUUUUGUACCACUUCUUAAUUUGCGAUAA